AUGUCCGCCCCCGCCCCGAACUCUGGUGCCAUCAUCACCCAGCCUCCGCCCCCCUCUACUCUGCGGGAACAACGUAUCGCUACCCACUCCCACAUCAAAGGACUGGGCCUCGCAGACGAUGGUACUGCCAUGACCACCUCUCAAGGCUUCAUCGGCCAGGUCCUCGCCCGUGAAGCCCUCGGUCUGCAUCUGAGCUUGCUGAAGGGCGGCAAGUACUCUGGCAGACCGUUGUUGCUGGUCGGACCGCCGGGUACGGGAAAGACUGCUUUGGCGCUGGCGUUAAGUCAGGAGUUGGGCAGCAAGGUGCCGUUCUGUGCCAUGGUCGGAAGCGAAGUGUAUUCGGGAGAGGUCAAGAAGACUGAGGUGCUUGGAUCUUGUUUCAGACGUGCCAUCGGUCUGAGGAUCAAGGAGACCAAGGAAGUGUACGAAGGCGAAGUCACCGAACUCACCCCCUCCGAAGUCGAAAACCCUCUCUCUGGCUACGGCAAAACAAUCUCCCACGUCAUUGUGGGCCUCAAAACCGUCAAGGGCACCAAGCAGCUCCGCCUCGACCCCUCCGUCUACGAGUCCAUCCAGAAGGAGCGCGUCGUUGUCGGCGAUGUCAUCUAUAUCGAAGCCAACACUGGCGCCGUCAAGCGUGUGGGCCGUUCGGACGCUUAUGCGAGCGAGUAUGAUCUGGAGGCGGAGGAGUAUGUGCCGUUGCCAAAGGGCGAUGUGCACAAGAGGAAGGAGUUGGUGCAGGAUGUGACGCUGCAUGAUCUUGAUAUGGCCAAUGCCCGUCCGCAGGGAGGGCAGGAUAUCAUGAGUGUAAUGGGGCAGCUUGUGAAGGGUGGAAGGACUGAAGUGACAGACAAGUUGAGGAGGGAGAUCAACAAGGUUGUGGAUCGAUACAUUGAGCAGGGUGUUGCCGAGCUUGUCCCUGGUGUCUUGUUCAUCGACGAAGUACACAUGCUUGACAUGGAAUGCUUCACCUACCUCAACCGAGCCCUCGAAUCCCCCAUGUCCCCUUACGUCGUCCUGGCCUCCAACCGUGGUAUCUCCACCAUCCGCGGUACCGAGUACGACUCUGCUUCAGGCGGUAUCCGCGCCCCUCACGGUCUCCCAGUCGACCUCCUAGACCGGUGUAUGAUUGUCAAGACUCAGCUCUACACCAGGGACGAGAUCCGCCGUAUCGUCGAUCUCCGAUGCCGCGUGGAAGGUAUCAGCCAUACCCCUGAAGCGCUGGAGAAGCUGGCAGAUGAGGGCGAAAAGUCGAGUUUGAGGUAUGCCUUGCAGCUCUUGACACCGGCGGCGAUUAUCAGCAGGAACAAGGGUAAGGGAGAAGUCAGUGUGGCGGAUGUGGAGGAGCUGGGAGAGUUGUUUUUGGACGCAAAGAGGUCAACGGGGGUGUUGCGUGGACAGGAAGAUUUUGAGAAGAGAUACUAG